UGAAGCUGCAGCGUCUAGUUGUACUGCCUGUACCUUCGUGUAGCACCUCACGGAGACAUCUACUCUUCUGUCUGCGGACCAUGUCAUCCUAAAAGAUGAACCACGCUUCACUUUAAACCUGAUUUUCUACUAAUCAACGCAGUGUUAACUAGAGAACCAGUGUGGACGCGGACGAGCUCAGAAUGAUGUCGUCUUAUUACCACCCUGCCAAGGAAGCAGACAUGGCGGCUAUGACAGAGCCGCUCUGCCUGGAAAGAGAUGUGUGCAGGGUGAUUGAGCUGCUGGACCGGCUACAGCGGAGUGGUGAGCUGCCUCCUCCCAAACUGCAGGCCCUGCAGAGAGUCCUACAGAGCAAAUUCUGUGCUGCUAUCAGAGAGGUAUAUGAGCAGCUAUAUGACACUCUAGACAUUGUUGGAGGACCGGAGGUGCGAGCACAGGCAACAGCCAAGGCCACAGUUGCAGCCUUUGCAGCCAGCGAGGGCCACGCCCACCCAAGGGUGGUGGAGCUGCCCAAGACAGAAGAAGGUCUGGGCUUUAACAUCAUGGGGGGCAAAGAGCAGAACUCCCCCAUCUACAUCUCCAGAGUGAUUCCUGGGGGGGUGGCUGACCGCCAAGGGGGGCUGAAGAGAGGAGACCAGCUGCUGUCUGUCAAUGGAGUAAGUGUUGAGGGGGAGCACCAUGAGAAGGCUGUAGAGCUGCUGAAGGCUGCCCAGGGUUCAGUCAAACUGGUGGUCCGCUACACCCCAAAGGUCCUGGAGGAAAUGGAGGCUCGCUUUGAGAAGAUGAGGAGCGCCCGGAGACGACAGCAGCACACCAGCUACUCGUGAGGCUGCUCAUCUCUGGAGUCCAGGGGCUAGCUAAUCCAAUUCCUCCAUCCACCUCAUCGUCCAAUCCUCCUUACUCUUCUGUUCCAGUGGGAGGCAAGACCAUAGACAAAAAGCAAAAAACCAAAGUAGCCUACCAACACCUGUUACCUGAACUUCUUCAUGAAGUGGACACUGCAGUUUAGUAUUUUCUCCCCUCUCUUUCCCUGUUUCUUAGAGAAAUGCAGUUAGCUUCUUGUCAGACCAUUCUUGUAAUUUCACCAGCCCAGUGUGAAAUCAUUCUCAGCAUCCUAUUACAUAAAGACAACACAUUCUCUUUAGUGUGGCUUAACUACCUACCUAUUGUUAAUAUUCUUAUGGCAUUUGACUUUUGCAUUCUCAUGUAGUGCACUGCACCCCUCAGCAGUGUCCAUUGUCUCCAGUUAGACCUCAGUAACAGAGGAAUCAUGGAAACCGAGACCUACAGCCUUUAGCACCACUUCUCCAUCAGAUGUUCAAGCCAGAGGGCUAACCAUUAGCAUUAUGAAGAACUAUACUUAAAUCAGUUAGUCACUUAGAGGUUUUUUUUUUGUUUUUGUUUAUUUCUGUAUCAAUUUUAUUGCAUAAUUAUUUGUGAAAUAAAGUCUGUGAAUUGA